AACGCGGUAAGUGUGACACAAUGGUCUUACCCUUGUCGCAACCAACUAAUUAAAGGACCAUAACUCCAUUACAAUUAAGCCUGGUCUUACCCUCGUUGCAACCAACUAAUUAAAGGACCAUAACUCCAUUACAAUUAAGCCCGGUCGUACCCUCAUCGCAACCAACUAAUUAAAGGACCAUAUAUCCAUUACAAGCCAAAAGAAAAAAAUAUGAAUUUUCACUAGACUUUUUAAACACGUAGCCUAAUUUGCUUCUUCACACUAGCUCAGUAAAACAUAUUCGUAACAUUAAUAGGAUCAUGUGGUUUUUAGACUUCAGAGUACUCUGAUCUAUAAAAUACAUAUUCCCUAUGUGUAGUAAAACUUCAUCAAAAGAUGGCAGAAAUAACUCAGCAGCUCCAUGUAGUUUUCUUCCCAUUCAUGGCACACGGCCACAUGAUCCCAAUCCUAGACAUCGCGAGACUCUUUACUGCUCGCGGUGUCAAGACAACCAUCAUCACCACGCCUGUCAAUCUAAAAACCUUCACUAAUGCUCUUGAACACAGUGAAAAAGCUGAAGGAGCCUCAACGAUUCACUUUGAGGUCUUCGAGCUCCCGUCAAACGGGUUGCCUGACGGAUGUGAGACCAUAAACCAAGCUAUGAAGUUGGAUAAGACUUACAACUUCUUCAUGGCAGUUCGGAUGCUAAAUGAGCAGCUUGAGCAGUUUUUGGAGAAAACUCGGCCUACUUGCUUAGUGGCCGAUAUGUUUUUGCCAUGGGCGACUGAGAGUGCUGCAAAGUUCAAUGUCCCAAGGUUGGUUUUCCAUGGGUUUAGCUACUUUUCCCUUUGUGCAGAGGAAAUUGUUAGGCUAUAUAAGCCUUACAAAAAUGUGUUUUCUGACGAAGAUACAUUCAUUAUUCCUUCCCUUCCACACGAAAUUAAGAUGACAAGAUUGCAAAUUUCAGAGUUCGUUAUGAGAGAGGCAACUGGUUUUCAAGAUGCACUCAAUGCAUUUAGAGAAUCAGAGCUAAAUAGUUACGGAGUGAUUGUCAAUUCUUUCUAUGAUUUGGAAGGCGAUUAUGCAGAUUUUUUCAGUAAAGAAUUGCGAAGGAAAGCAUGGCAUAUCGGCCCUGUUUCGCUUUGCAAUAGGAACAUUGAAGACAGAGCGCAAAGAGGUGGACUACAAGCAUUCCAAGACAAACAUGAAUGCUUAACAUGGCUUAACUCGAAACAGGAAAAGUCGGUGAUCUACAUAUGCUUUGGAAGUCUAGCAGAGCUAAACGCAUCUCAACUACAUGAGAUUGCAACAGGUUUAGAAGCUUUGGAACAAGAUUUCAUUUGGGUGGUGAAGAAUGAAGAGGAAAAAAAGAGCCAAGAGUGGCUGCCUCCGGGGUUUGAGCAAAGAAUGGGAGGCAAAGGCUUGAUAGUAAGAGGGUGGGCUCCACAGCUACUUAUCUUGGAGCAUAAAGCCAUAGGAGUUUUCGUGACUCAUUGUGGUUGGAACUCGAUACUUGAAAGCAUCUCAGCUGGUGUGCCUAUGGUUACAUGGCCUAGUGGAGCUGAGCAAUUCUACAACGAACAAUUAGUGACUGUUGUGUUGAAUGUUGGAGUCCCCAUUGGAGCUAAGAAGUGGAGUAACGUGCCUAAUGCAGAUGAUUUUGUGAAGAGGGAUGCAAUUGAGAAGGCAUUGAGAGAAGUCAUGGAGGGAGAUGAAGCUCAAGAAAGAAGAAACAGAGUCAAAAUAUUGAAAGAAAAGGCACUCAAAGCCGUUGAAAAAGAUGGUUCUUCCUACUCUUCUUUAAGUGCAUUAAUCAACGAGUUAAGGAAUCAUUAAUAAGUCAAGAUCAUUUUAAUCAUCAUCCUCGUCAUCAUCAACAUCAACAUCAACAUCAUACCCAGUGUAUUCUGCUCUGCUCAUAAAAAACUAAUACCAGAGCCUAGGGAGGAGAAGAAGGCGGCAACCCAUACCCAUUAAGAAAGAUGCAGCCAAAAGUCCCUCAACUCGAAAAAGAUCCUAAAAAAAUCUUCAGAAAAAAAUCCUCUUAAUCAAACAUUCAAUAUUCUAAAUUUUACUUUUAGUGUCGCUUUUCUACUUGUUAUCUAAAAGAUGGAAUUAAUGGUGGGAUAAAUAUUCAACAUCAAUAAAUUAAAAAUGGUGUGCACAAUUUAUAUGUCAUAUGGUUUAUCCCACAAUUUAUAAGUCAAAGGUGAUUAGUGAUGGUCAACGGUCAUUUACGCUGGUCAAAGGUCAUUUGGUUUAGUUAACGGUCAUUUGCCUGAAUGGUGUAGAUUUUGAUAUUUUGGUGGCAGUAAAUCACAAAAAACAAACUUUAAAACUGUAAUUCGCAAAAUCCCUAAACUUAAAGACUGUAAUUCGCAUAUUUCCCUACUAUGAAU